AUGCGUCUUGCCUUGGCGCUUGUUGGCUGGGUUUUCUGCUUGGCUCUCGGCCAGGCCAAUGGAACACCGGCUUGUUCACCACCGAAAGAACCUGCUGCUCUGCCAAUUGCGGAGGAGAGUCCCAGGAGAGCUCCACCACCUCCAAUCCGAGUUAUCAGACCACCGCUUCCAAGGCCUGUAGCACCGCCAAGACCUGUGCCUCCCAGGCCAACACCACCGCGAUAUGUACGACCACCAACUGCACCGCCGUUCAGGAGACCCACAAAUCCACCACCAAGGUUCACCAGAAGAAUUCCUAUCACCAGAAAACCAACUGUGAGAGUGCCAAAACCCCCAGUAACCCGAAAACCCACCAGAAGAAUUCCCAUUACAAGGAAACCACCAGUAACUCAAAAACCCACUCCCAGAGCAACUAGACCACCUCUGGUGCCAACCACUCGAAAGUUUUUAAUUUGGACGCGGAUUCCUACAAGAAUAUUACCCACCAAACGAAAUAUUAGGCCCACUUUGUGGACAAGACCUCCAGUGCGUCCUCCAAGACCUACAGUUCGUCCAACGCCUCCAAGGACAAGACCACCUGUGAGAGUAACUGUACGACCCACUGUUAGACCAACCAUAAGACCCACUGUGAGACCCACCAUAAGACCGACCAAUAGAGCCACCUUAUGGACAAGACCCCCAGUGAGACCUACAAACCCCACGAGACCACCAGUUAGAGCCACACGAUCCACUUUAUGGACCAGGCCUUUUACCAGAACAACUAGAGGUUUAACUUUUAUUUUUAUCGAUUCCACACCUGCGCCUCGAACCACCAGGCCCACAAAUCCGAGUAUAACUCGAUCCACGAGAAGUCUAAUAUUUAUAUUCCCAAGGGAUUCCACGCCAAUCGCUCGUCGUCCCAAUUGGACAGUCCAUCCAACAAAUCGUCAGACGAGAAGUUUCGAUGUUACCACCAUGAGAGCUUAA